AACCUCUGCGGAGUCAAGGGCUCUAGGAGUUCGCGACGACACCGACAUUAUAGGUGACGUUGCAAGUGGUGGAACUUGCUCCAUCGAAAUGUCCAAAAGCGGUAAUUCGGUAUCGAGCCACUUACAUCGGGACUGUAUUGAAAUACCAACGAUGAUGCGACUGAGGUUUCCCAAAUCUGAGUAUUCAGAGAUCACAGACAUUCUAGCACAGCUCUUUUGAUCUAUUCUAUUUGAAAGCACUUCACUCUAAUUAACAUGACUGAUCAACCCUUCAAAGUCAUCGUCGUUGGUGGCGGACCGAGUGGCAUCACGGCGGCACACGUGUUGCAGCAGGCUGGCAUCGACUUUGUCGUUCUUGAGAGAAGAGAUAGCAUUGUCGAUGAUGUUGGUGCCAGCUUGGUCCUCAGUCCUGGCUCCUUGCGUGUGUUCCAUCAACUUGGGAUCCUCGAAAAUCUCAUGGAAAUUGGCAACACACUGUCAUCAGGCACAGGAUUCACCUCCGACGGCCACAAGUUCAAGCAAAACCUGAUUGGCGACUACAUGAUGAAGAAUCACGGCGCAGGCCUCACCACAUUCCACCGUGCCCACCUGAUCCAGGUCCUCUACGACACCCUCCCCGAAUCAGCAAGAGCGCGCUACUUCACCGGAAAGAAGCUCGCAAACAUCGAGUCGACCGAGAAGGGCGUCACGGUGACCUGCGAAGACGGCUCAACGUACUCUGGAAACAUGAUCAUCGGCGCCGACGGCGUCCACUCCGCCACCAGACGUCAGAUGCGCAAGCUCGCCCUCGCCGAGGACCCCAACCGCGACUGGGAUCCGAUCAACCCGUACAAGAUCCAGUACCAGUGCUUGUGGGCAUCGUUCCCGCGACCCACCGAUGCCGGUCAAGGGUGCGAGACGCAGAGCAAGGAUAAGUCCAUCAUGUACCUCACUGGCAAAGAACGGGGGUGGAUCUUCCUCUACGAGAAGCUUACCGCGCCCAUCCCCGAGAGGAUCUCCUUUACGCCCGAGCAACUCGAGGAGUACGCCGAGCGGUUCGCCGACUGGCCCGUCGCGGAGAACAUCACGGUAAAGGACGUCUUCAAGGAGCGGUACAGCGCGGGUGGUGCCGGUCUCGAGGAAGGCAUCUGCAAGAACUGGAGUUGGGGCGGGCGCAUCGUGCUCGUCGGCGAUGCCGUGCACAAGUUCACCCCCAACGCUGGCCUGGGAUUCAACAACGGCCUCCAGGACGUCGUCGCCGUCUGCAACCGGCUGCAGAAGCUCACGGCCAACGGCAACAGCCCUUCCCCCGACGACCUGCAGAAGCUCUUUGACAGCUACUGCGAGGAGAGACACGUUCUCUUAGAGAAGGACUUGGACGCGUCGGCGCGGUUGACGAGGUCGCAGGCCUGGGCGUCGACGUUUGACUGGAUCAUGGCGAGAUACGUCAUGGCGUUCUCGUUUGUGCAGAAGAUCUUCUUCACGCUCAACAUGUCUCCGUCCAUUCAGAAGGCGAAAGUGUUGGACUUUGUACCGGCCAAGGAGGUUUUCAACGGCAGAUACAAGUGGUUGACCCCUUUCCCGAGCGAGAAGUAGUUUGAGGCGUUACGUCCGUUUUCUUUUGUUCUGCUGGUUAUUUAUUUCAGCUUAUUAGAGCAUGUUAAUUCGAGCGUGAAGCCGGAGUUGGAUACAUAGAUGGGAACGACUAGAAUUUGUACGAAUAGCCGC